AUGCGUAGACUUCAAAAAGAUCCAAAUCUUCAUUUGCAGUAUAUUGAAACUUUAAAAGACUAUGAAAAUAAGAAUAUUAUAGAGAAAGUUAGAUGUCCUAAAGAACCUGUUGAUAAACCUGUGUUCUAUUUGCCACAUCAACCAGUUUUUAGAGAGGAAAGUGCAACUACAAAAAUGAGAAUAGUAUUUGAUGCAAGUUCCAGUCAUAACUUUAAGCAUUUAAGUCUAAAUGAUUGCCUGUGUCCAUUCCUUUUGACUGCUACUUUGAAAACUCACCUGAGAAAGCACUCUGAAGAAUUCCCGACUACAACAGAAUGCUUAGACCGCUGUUUGUAUGUGGAUGAUUUUAUUUCUGGAGCUGAUAAUGUGUCGGAUGCUUUUGAGAUCUCUACUCAAGCUACAUCAAUUAUGAGCCAAGCUAGCAUGGUGCUACGAAAAUGGACUACGAAUGACAAUACAUUGAUGCAGUUUUGGACACGUGAAGGUUUCGAUACACAGCCACAAGUCAACACUAUUAAAGUUUUGGGACUGUCAUGGAAUCCUGCUGAAGAUUGUCUAAUAUUGGGAAAGCAGAGCCUAGUGGACAGUCUGUCUAAAAACGAAAGUACCAAACGAUUCCUACUACGUACAAUUGGAAGGAUUUUUGAUCCGCUUGGGUUGCUUUCGCCGUUUACUAUUCGUGCAAAGUUCAUUCUGCAAGUCUUGUGGAUGAAGAAAAUUUCUUGGGAUGAAGAAAUACCUGUAGAUCUACAAAAAAUAUGGCUUCAGUGGUGCUCCGAAGUUCUUGAUCUUUCAGAGUUACGAGUUCCUAGAAACGUGCUCAAUUUAAAUAUACAAGAGUCAACCGAUAUCUUAGAACUACACUGCUUCUGCGACGCUAGCCAAAAGGCUUAUGGUGCUGCUAUUUAUGCAAGAGUUGUGAAGGAUAAUAACAUCGAAGUGAAUUUAUUGGUUAGCAAGAGUCGAGUGACACAACUAAGGAAAAUCACUCUUCCGAGACUAGAAUUACUCGGUGCUUUGCUUGCCGCCCGACUAGCAAGUAAAGUCAAGAAAACAGUGGAUUUAAAAAGCCCUCCUUAG